AAAGAGCCCGUAGAGUGUUACUCGCGGUCACCAGGACUUGGGCAUUUCAUUUCUCCGGGUUGCCAAAGAAGGAGGGAGGAAGAGAGGCGUGAGGGGUGGCCCCUGUGCGGUAACACCUUUCCCCAGCUAUAAAAGCGGCACCUGGCAUGGGGAGGGGGUCAGUGCCACUACCAACACCAGCUGCUCUCCGGCCACUGACCGCACGAGUCAUCAGAUAAGAGCUGGGGCACUGAGUCCGGCCGAAAUCCGCGGACGGAGGAAAAGACAACCGGUGGGUGCAAGCCAUCCUACCCUCUCCCUCAUUCCAGUGCAUGCACCCGGUACAGCCAGCCGACUACCUGCUGCUGCUUCUGCCGCCUUUGCCACCGCCCGCCUCCGCAACUGCAGCGAGCUCCCAGGCUCCUUGUGGCCCAAGAGGAACCACCCAUCCUGCGGAGGCUCCAGCGUACUAGGGAAGAAAGAGUUGUAGGACAAGGCCUGUUAUAAAGCUGAAGCCGAAGAUUUUCCCAUCGGCUCUCCCUAGCUAGCUGACUCAGCUCCGGUGUGUGCGCUUGGGUCAUUGUGUGCGCGCACACGCGCUUUCGGGAGCAUCCUCGCACCUCAAAGGCCAGGCCAGGCUCCCGAGCCGACCCCAGCCUUGCACUCCCUCCUCUCUGCCCAGCCUGCUCUCCUUCCCUUUCUUCGCAUUUCCCGCCUGACCACCAUGAUGCAGAUCUGCGACACCUACAACCAGAAGCACUCCCUCUUCAACGCCAUGAACCGCUUCAUCGGGGCGGUGAAUAACAUGGACCAGACUGUGAUGGUUCCCAGCCUCCUUCGGGACGUGCCAUUGCUGGAGCAGGAGCUGGAUGCGGGGGUCGGGGUGGUGGUCGGAGGCAGCGGCGGCUGCCUGGAGGAGAGAGAUCCCCAGCUGGGAGACGGGGGUCCCCCCAGCCCCGGCAGUGCGACUGGAAGCUUCUUCUCGCCCAGCCGGGACAUGUACAGCCACUACAUGCUGCUCAAGUCCAUCCGGAACGACAUCGAGUGGGGCGUCCUGCAGCAGACUCCCCAGCAGGGCGACGAGACCCCCACCGGCACUUGGAAACCCAAGGACAUUCUUAUGGACCUGAGCCUUCUGGAGGAUGGAGAAGGGGGGGAGGAAGACCUGGAGAAGCAGUUUCACUAUCACCUCCGGGGACUGCACAUGGUGCUUUCCAAACUCACCCGGAAAGCCAACAUCCUCACUAAUAGAUACAAGCAGGAGAUCGGCUUCGGCAACUGGGGCCACUGAGACCGAGGAAGCGGGCGGGGGAGGGGGCAGACGGUUGUUCUUCCGCGCGCUUCUCUUUCCUCUCCUCCUCCUCUCCUCUCUUCCCUCUUUUCUCUCCUAAAUAUGAUUUCUUCCUGCGCGGUGGGGCGUGUGUAAUUGAAGGGCAAGGCUGCAAGGGAAGGGGGGAACGAGCAAGAGACUUGGGGUGGGAGGGAUGGAGUUGGGGUGUGGUGUUCUGUGGUUCCCAGGCAGCGAUGGAGGGUUGGGGUGUCCUGGGGAAGUUUUUUUUUGGGGGGUGCAUAAUAGGCCGAGGAGAACAUGAUAGCAGCAGAAGGCAAUACUUCAUGGAAGGGAUUACUGGAAAUGUGCAUUUGGCUAGAGUGGUCCUAGGACUGUUUGGAUUCGACCUCCUUCAUCCUGUUUCUUCCUAGCCAUUUAUUCCACCAUCUCCACUCCCUUCCCCUUUCUGGGGAGCGAAAGGGGUAUACGGAGGAAGCCAGGGAACCUGCCUGCAGCAGAGUUAUUUUACAAUUUAGGGGCUGCACCGAAUUAAGCUUAAAGCACUCCAAGGCGUGGCGGCGCUGGCCGCCGCUGCCGGUUGUGGCGGCAGCAGGGCUGCUGGAAGAUUGCAUCAGUUUUUCCUGUUUUGCACUACUUUUUUUUUUCCUUUUUUGUAACAAUAGCCCUGUCUUUUAAGUAUUCUGAUUCUCGUUUUCUGGUGCUCUGAAACUGCAGCUAAUUUGUGACAAAACGCACAAAACAGAGCACCGGUCUAUCAUUAACCGGUACUAUUUUUUAAUUAAUUUUCUUAUGUUAGGGUGUGCAAUCUCCAUCCCCUUCCCACAUUUGUCCUCUGUGCCCUCACCCUAGGACUGUUGUCCAUUUCUAAAGCUGGUAACUUUACUAGCUUGUAAGAGGCGAGUCUGCAACUAAGCCGAUGAGAAUAAUAAAAAUUGUUGUGAUAAAAUGGACUUGUUUUCCAAAAUGGAACCAACUGACAAUUCUAUGUUUUGUUUUAAGUAGAAAGAUGAAGGGUUCCAGUGUUGUAUAUGUAUACCUUUAUUUAAAAACUUUUUUAUCCAGAUGUAGAAUAUAUUCUAAAAAAAAAAGCAAAUGUAAUAAUCUUGACAAAACUUUUUGUUGACAUAAAACCCUUGAAUCCCAUGAAUUACUAGUUUACAAUAAUAAACUAAAUAAUUUUAAUUGAUAUUUUUAAAGCAACAAUAAAUUUUAUUUUUUCUCUGGUA